CGAGUCAAAGCGCGCGAGCUUCGGUCUUCAGUUCUCGUUAAGAAGUCGGACCGUUCGGACGCGUGACGAUUUUCGUUUUAACUGCAUUGAAGUACACGCGUAGGUACGUACAUGCGUCGUACUCUCGAUAAAGAAUAACAAGUGCCCACUGGACUCCGGGGUGGAAAACAAAGGUGGAAAACCGGCCGUAGUAGUUGAGAUUACGGAGUUCGAAGUUCAAAGAUUGCCGUCUCAUUGUUGUGAAUAUCUAGCGACUUCCAUUAGUUUGUAGAAUAAUUUCAUCCACACGUCUCGACUGGUGAGAUCGGACCAUUUGCGAGAAGACAAGAUGGGAUACAUAGGGCCGUUCGUCGAGAUGAGAUUAUUGAUAUUUUCAAAGAGUAUCGUUAGAAAAACGAAGCGCGUAAUCGAAUGACAAUUCCGUAAAUUGGUCUCACGGUAUAAUCGUUUUUAUCGUUUCAUUUUCCGUUCGACGAAUAUCGCGUUUCGUCAAACGCGGGUGCUAUUGAACGGAAUUAAUUUAAACAGUAACAAUUUGAGACUUGCGAGUGUUGAAUUUUAUAUCGUUCUUCCUUGGUUAUUGAUAUAAAUUAUUGUGAUAUAUACAUCAAUUGAACUGUACUCGUUACGUACACUGACGUUGCACAAAUGUACAUAAAAUUACAAACUGAACGGUUACGAAUGUGAUGUGAAAAGAAAAUAAAUAAAAUAAAAUAAAUGAUAAUCUAGAAUAAGAGAUUCAACGACGAAUGUGAACUCCGACCCCCCCUGUUUCGUAAUUCUAAAACAAGACGGUGUCACAUACGUGUGUAUAAAAUAUUCAUUUUUUUUCUGAAAUUUUCUCAAGUAGCUGUCGAAUGCCAAUUGAAUCUGCUUAUGUGUUACUUUAUCUAGCGGUAAAUAAAAAGACAAACAAAAUAAUUAAAAUUAAAUAAUAAAACAGAUAAACUGGUCGUCGUCGUCAACGAACUGCUGUCGAAAGAUUCGAAAGAAAAACAAUAUAAUCACACUAGAACCAAUAGCAAAAGUAAUAAUAACGAUAAUAAUAAUAAUUAUUAUUAUAUAAAUAAAGGAGAUAUAAAUAAAGUCUGAUACCCAAGUGCCAAAGACAAAAAGGAGGAUAUAUUAUAGGAGAGCCAAAAAUUCAGAGUAAUUAUAUUUUUAACAUUGAUUGAAUAGUAUUUAAAUAUUAGAAUAAAUGAGAAUAAUAUUCGGCAGUAUUAGUUAACGGUGCAACGACGUAAAUUUUUAUCACGCCUUUUAAUUAAUUAAACAAACAAACAAACAAACAAACAAAGAAAACAGAGCGAAACAUGUCAUUUUUCAACGGAUAUUCAACCUACGGUGGACAAUCGCAAAGUUCGCCAACCAGAACCGGUGUUUGGGGUGGUUCUCACAGUCCAUUCAGGAGCACGAACCUGACCCUCCAGGACAUAACGAUAGACAACACGUUGCCCUGUAUAAAUGGCAUGAACGCGAGAUCUCCAGGUAAGACGACCGCGAACGGGCCAGGAUUGGGGCUGGUUAGGGGGGUCACGGGUAUCGUACAAGGAACGGGAGGCAGAACCAUGAAGGAAUACGAGGACCAGCUCGGCAUGCUCAAGAAGGAAAACUUCAAUCUCAAACUGCGAAUAUACUUUUUGGAGGAGAGAAUGGGCAUUACUUCUGCCGACGAAGAUGCGGUGAAAAAAAAUAUUGAACUCAAGGUCGAGGUCGAGUCCUUGAGGAAAGAACUGAUCGAGAAGCAGGAUCUUCUCAGUCAAGCGGCCAAAGCUUUUGAACUAAUUGAGGAACAGAAAGAAGCGUCCACUCGCAAUCAAACGCAGUACCAGCAGUCGUUGGACGUGGAGAGGGAAAGAAUCGCUGAUCUCGAAAGAGAGUUGGAAGAGUACAAGGAGAAACUGGGUGACCCCUCGAUGUACUACAAAGAAGCAUUCGGGGUUACGCCGGAGGAAUCGUUGGAAAAUAAAGAAAAAUUAAAUCAGAUGGAAAAACUUGUUGCGGCCCUGGAAGUGGAGGUAAAACAGAUAACUAGUAGUCUUGAAGAGGAACGUACCUGGGCCUUGGAAUUGGAAGGUGAAAGAGACCAGUUGAAGGAACGCCUCGAGUCGGAGGUACAGCUCAGGGAAGGAUUGGUCGACGAACGAAAUAGAGACAUCGAUCAGCUGAGGGAAAAAGUUAGGCAAUUGGAGGAACAAGUCUUCAAGUGGGAGACUAUCUCUCAACAGCAUAAAAGUGAACUGCUCGAAAAAGAUAGAAUUGUUAAAGAGAAGACCCUGCUGCUCGACGAACGUCUCCGUGCUUACGAGGAACUUCACAACGACUGCGAAAAAAGGAAAAAACAAGUUGAUUCUUUGAGGGCGUCUGUCAAAGCUCGGGACGACGCUCUGAUAGAAAUUAACAACAAACAUAAAACUCUGCUGUCACAGUUCGAAUGCAAUUCCCUGAAAAUCAAAAGCUGCUCUCCACCGAGUAGCCCGACGACUCCGAUCUUCUUUGACGAUUCACGUUCACGAACAAUGGGGCAACGAUCCGGCUGCAUGCGUAGUCCUAGAAAGAACAAUAAUCCUGUCGAUUGGGAACCAAACAGGGAAAGAUCGUCGGGACUCAACUCGAAGCUGGCUGCGACUAGUUCGCGGGAUAUCAAAGAGUUGGCGAAGGAAUUGGAGGAAAAGGAUAUCGAGUGUAAACGCCAAGAAGAGGGGAAGAAGCAGCUGACGCUGAAACUUUGUAAUGCUCAAAAAUCCGCAGAGGUUGCAGAGCAAAGAGUGGAGAAGUUGACUGCGGAAAAUGAAAAAGCUAUGAAAAUGAUACAAGGAUUCCUAAGCAAACAAGAGAAGCUCGAAGAUAAACUAUUGGAAAAGGAUCGCAAGAUUAUGGAACUAGAGGUUGAACUGAGCAGACCCAGAAGCCAGGACAGCAACAAAUCCAAUCGUAGGGGUCCACCGGUCAGGCGGGAUCUGAGUAACGAGAUGACAGACAAUCCAGAGCGGGACCAAUCCAAUCAGCAACGCUUCGAGGAAAUGGAGAGCAAGAUUAACGACCUCCGUGUACAAAUCGAGAUCAUUAAGGCUGAGAAAAACAAACUGGAGAUGCAGAUUCAAGCUGAAUCGGAGGAGGUACAGGAGAAAUUGAAGAACAGGGAGCAGAGAAUCGAGUAUUUAGAGUCGGAGAGAAGCACGAUACGUACGGAAUUGUCAGAGAAGUCUAUCGAACUGCAGAGAUUGAAGGAAGCCUACAAUCAAGCUAGUAUUAAAAUAGAAGAAAGCAGGCCAAGCGAGUCGAAAGACGAAAAUAAUCUCAGAGAAGAGCUCCUCUCGAAGAACGCAGCGAUCAAUGAAAGAGAUCUAAAAAUUGAACAAUUGACUAAGGAGUUACAAAUCAGGACUCAGAAUUUACAGAAACUUGUCAAUACCGAACUUUGGAGCAAAAACAAAGAGAUUGCAAAGUUGCAUAAUCACAUGACCGCGACGCACGGCCACGAGAAAAGCAGAAACAAGUCCGAAUCGUCGUUGGAAAAUUCUGAAUCUCAAGUCACCGCCUUGAUAAAAGAACUUUUGGACAUCGGAAUUCAGGUGAAAAUUUCCAACGAAGUUGUGCAGUUGAACUACAUCGGCGACAACGAAACUAUAGACGUUAAAACGCUUAAAAAUAACAUCCAGAAACUUUUCGAUCAAAGAAACGAACUGGAGAAGGAAAUCGAUUACCUAAAAUGGCUAAAAUUGAUAUCCAAACCAGAUAUAGGCACCGAAAUAGAGAGCUCAGGGUCAGAAACCGAAAAAGCUAGAAAAUAUUGCGAACUGUUGCGAACGCAUUUGAAAGAAUUGGUUAGAUUCAUGAAAAAUAUGUUGAUCAAAGCCAAUCACGCGGACGCCAUAAGCAAGGAGCACAAGAAAAUAGUUCUCGACGUAUUUUUGGAUUCUAAAAUUUUGCCAGACGAUUUUAUCCACGCUCUCGAAGAAAUUCCCGGCGAAAACGGCAUCGGAGAUCCCCCUUGCCUUCGUCGUUUGGGCGAAUCACGGCCGAACGAUGGUGUAGUGAAGAAAAGUUAUUCCGAACACCUUUUGGACGGGAAUAAGAACCAAAAUUCUACCCAGUCAGAUUCAGAGGCAUUCUCUGAACCCGAUAGGACGGUUUCGCUCGCCAGAAUCGGACUCCAAGAACUUCAGCAUAAAUCUACUCUUAAACAGAGGUUCUCGAAGUAUACAAAAACGUUCAGCGACUCUGAGGAUUCCAUGGAUUACGUCCCAUAUCAUAAAACUUACCAAAGCGAUUUGAACGACUUGGACGCCACGAACCAUAUCCAAGAAUUGAAAGAAACUAAUAACCUUCUAUAUUCCGAACUGAAUUCUCUCCGGAACGAACUCUCCAGAAAAACUUUGUUUGACGAUAGAUUCGAUGAAAAACUAGCGCCUUUGAUCGCAAAAUUGGAACGGUCGCAAAGGUUCUGUGAACGCCUGCAAACGUCCCUUGACAAAAAGAUGCACGAGUGUCAUGCCCUGAAAAAAGAAAGCAAACAGAACAGCGUCCGGAAGGCUCAAUUGGAGAAAAAAAUCACGGAGGUUGAAAGUAUGGCGAUCGAGUUAACGAAGCAAAAGGUAGAACUUUUGCAGGCGAAAGAAAACGCGGAGAGACAAGCCGCCGACAUGUUGACCGCCCUCAAUAGAGAAAAUGACACGCUGCGAUCGAAGAUCAAAAAAAUGGAAGAGGAAAUGGAUGCGGCCAGAAAGAACUUGGCCGUUAUUACGAAAGAGAUGGACCAGUUGACACUUUCGCACUCUCAGGUGCUCGUGGAAAACACUAAAUUGACUAACGAGAAACUAAAGCUGGAACAAGAUGUUAGGAAAAUCGAUAGCCGGUACGACAUCGAACUGCGAUCUCUGAACGAUAAAUUUACCAAAGAAAUCAGAGAUCUGAAUCAGAUGAACGAUUCGCAUAGACUGAGGAUGCAGGAGUUGGAAAUCGUCAAUAAGGAAUUAAGGAGACACGUCGCCGUCUGCGAAGCUAGCGAUUCCGCACCGAGUUCCAGCGGUGUAUCGUCCAUCCCAACCGAUACAACGAUCAAACAGGGUUGUGACGAUAUACUGCAAGAAUAUCAUUGUUACAACGGCUCCCAGUACUGGUUACCGAUAAAUUAUCCAACGGCCACCGGUCGCUGUAAAUCCAGCUGUUCACCCGACCUGGGUAUCGAAAGUGACGCAGCGCUGACUACAACUCGUCCGUUGAAAGAUACGUUGAAAAUUACCGAAUCUAUGACUAAUCUUCUCAGCGAGGACGAAAAUUGCAAUACAAGCAGAGAGCUCAGAGACAUGGACAGCGAAAGCCCGCUGCCUACAGAAGGUGGGCAUAGCUAUAGUCUAAACGAGAUGGAAGUAUUGAAGCAAGAAAACGAGGCGUUGAAACGGAGACUGAUGAAGACUAGAAGAGCUCUCGAAGAUACGUUUCAACAUCUAUCCGCAUCGAAUAAGAAUAAAAAGAAUGUUGAAAAAGCAAUCACCAAACAGCUUAUGAUAACCAAAACUAUCUUAAAGAAAACUAGAACGUACGAAGAGCCCUGAAUAACCUAUAAUAUAAAAAAUAUUAACGAUUACUGAAAAAUUUAGUAUCGAGAGGAUAAAACGUAAACGCAUGUAUUUACGUUGCCAUGAUUUAUCGAUAAUUAUAAUAAUUAUUAAUUAUCCUAUUCGUUAAAUAACGUGCGCGAUUAACACGGUUCAUCAAAGGAAGAUGAACGCUAACUAUUCGAUAGUUGAAAAGUCAUAUCGUGCCGAGAAUAGCAAAAUAUUUUGUUAUGUCCCAGUAUUAGGCAGUGUGCUCUUUUUUCCAUGUAUAAAUUCCUGAUUUUGUGUAUGAGUCUGGUGUAUAUUGAGACUUGUAAAUAGAUAUUCUUUUUUUUUGUAUCGAUUUGUAUUUAGUAGUCUUUUGUAAUUAUAUGAUAAAAUUGUGUGAUUGCUCGCCACUGUCUGUCGUUCACCUUGUGGCCAAUAAACAUUUAUAUAUUUCACUGUAUAUAACCACAACUCGAUAUUUUUACUAUUAUAGAUUCGUAGCAUCUGUAAAUAAAAGCCACUGAUUGAA